UUUAUUUAAUACUCAGUAAUUCAUUAAGGAAUAUUUCAAUCAGAUUCAGUAGCGAUAAAUGCAAAAUAAUAAUUAAAUAUACAAAUUUCCAAUGAGACAAACAAAAAAGGAAAAAUAUACCAACCAGAAGGUCACUCGAUGGGAUCGAAUUCGUAAAAGAAACGCCACUAAGAGUGUGCCUUCCUUCAAAACGGACGUUGUACGAAAUUUCUUCGAAAAGGACUAUAUCAAUCGGUAUGAUGAAGAAGUAUUGUGUGGGAAAAAAGAAACACAUAGCGGUCUAAGUCCGGCACUUGUUAUGGAUAUGCGGCAUGAAAUGUUUCGAAAGAUCCCACGAAAACUACCCCUAGCUACUGUGGGCGGUCAACGCACACUCGACGCCUGUGUAAAUCAUAACAUGGUUGUGGAAGAACGCUAUAUUGUGAACGAGUUGAAUAAAUUCCGGCAGCAGCUACAGAAAAAUCACAAAAGAAGCCUUCUCAAGUUUAAACUGUCUAAGAAGUCUGACAAAAGUAUAUAUGAUAUGGACAACAAUUGUAUAACACAAAGCUUGGAAAGAACGGCGAAGCAUUUAGAAAAUUUUUAUACCGCUCCUUUAGAAGCGCUACAAGUUGUUGAGGAUUUAGCUGUAGUUAAGUCCAGUGAAAAUAGUACUGCGUUUAAAAGAGAGUUGAUAAUGAACUCUGAUGAAAAUCCUUUCGAUAAAGAUAAGUUCCAGGAGGAGGAUACAACGAAUGUCGGAAAUAAUGAGAGUCAUUGUUUAAAACAAAAAAAUAUUAAGAAUGAAAAUUCAUCGCUGGCGGAAAUGGUUGAAAACACAUCGGAAGUUGUAAAUGCAAGUCUUUCUGAAAAUAUGCUUGAGAAAAGUUUGAAUUUUGAAAUUAAACCGCCUCCACAAGAAACUUGCCAUUGCAACAUAUCGAAUGAAGUGCUUAAUGGUACGGAUUUAUUUGCUACACGAAGUGUACGUUUCGUUGACAAUGUGGACGUAAGAAAAUUGUUUCGUGAGAACUCGAUAUGCUCAAAUACUAGUGAUGGAAUUGAUUCAGUUGUAUCGGAUUUGGCUGAGGAAGCACUUUUUGAGCUACAAAUGGAGGCAGAAGAGAAACUUUCAAAGCAAGCAGAAACACAAGUUCAAUCGAUGUCUGUAGAAACUAUUAAAAAGAUCGUACCAAUUGAUACCGCAUAUCCAGAAGCUACCGAACAGACAACAAUAGAACCACUCCUUAUUACGAGACUUGUAAAACCGAAAGAGACAGAUUCGCUUAUAACAACAUCGGAGGAUUUAGAAGAAGAAGAAAGCAUUUCAAAUCAUGAGCAAAAUUUAAUAAUUGAGCAACUAUUCCAGUCACGAGCAAACACCAAUCACACUUUAUUGCGUAAAUAUUUUCUAAAAUGGAUACAUUUCAUCACCAUUGAGAAAAUCGAACGGGAAGAUGUGUCAAGCAAGGGUGAUCGGAUACAUAAAAUUAAUUUAUUUUUGGAUAAAAUACGAAAAGAGAAAUUGCGUCUAACACGUUAUUCCCGGCAGUGCAAUGCUGGACAAGAACGUGACGCGCAAAAGAAAACAGUUAAUUCAACGGUAGCGACGAAAAAAUAUCAAAAUAAAAUUAAGAUACAACAGGAUAUUAUCGAUAUGCAACGUUUUAAACUUGAGCGUCAAGAACGUAUAAUUAUGGAAUUAAAAUUGAAUAAGCUGUCUGAUGAAGCAAAGGAAGCUCGUCAAGAUUUGAAAAAUGAACUAAAGUCAAUCAUACGCCAUGGCGAUCCCAAGUUCAAAGCAAAAGCAAAAUGUUUACAACUCAUUGGUGACCUACGCGAUGGAAAGGAUGAAAAUAUGGCGAGCUUACAAGGAAAAGCAUUGGCUGUGCCUAAAUUUUUAAUGAAAAUGCAAGAACGUGCAUUAGAGCGAAGCAUUCGACACGAGAAAGCGCGUCAACGUCGUGUGCAACAGGAAGCGGAAAAAGAGGCACAAAAGAUGGCUGCUGAAGAAGCAAAGCGCCUAGAAGAUGAAGAGGCUAAGAGAGUGCGUAUUGAAGCUUUAAAGGAAAAACGUCGACAAGAAAAAAUGGCAAAAGUUCUGAAGGAACGAGAGCACCAACGUGCGCUUGAGGAUAAAAGUAAAGCUGAUGAGUUUUAUCGACGGUUACUGCUACGUCGUGUAGGCAUGGAAGGAUUUAAGCAAUUGAUAAUACGAAAACGUGAAAAUAAACGCAAAUGCGAGCAAUUCAGACGUAAAAUCUUUAAGCGAACAUAUUUUUCAACUUGGCGUGAUUACUAUUUAAAAUUGCGUACCGAAAAACAAGCAUUAGCCGAUGAAUUAUAUGAGAAAAUCUUAAAGAGAAGUAUGUUAUACAUGUGGAAGUGCUAUGUGCAGGAUGAACGCAGCAAGUAUAAUGUUGCGGUGGAUUGGUGCGAUAUGAAACGUACCGAGAUAACAUUUAAAUUGUGGGCACAAUAUAGCGCGCGCAUGACUGCGAUCGAAGCGGCCAGAAUGAAACAAGCCAAAUCCCAUCAUGAAUGGCAUUUAAAAUGGAAGGUUCUGGAUUGUUGGCAACGUUUGCCCCAAAUAUUGCAAUUGGAAAGGGAGACUGAGGAACGACGUCAACGUUGGCGUUUGAAGAUAUGGGAGCUUUUGCCAGACUACACGCCCAAUAGAGAUGAUUCUUAAUAACAUCUAAGUGUGUCUACAAAAUAAACAUUUUUUAUGAAACAUCUUUAUCUAUA